GGUGGUUCCUCCACCACGGAGGUCGAUCCACCGGCUCUCUGUCUCCUCCCAUCGCCGUCCCCCUGCUGCCGUGCGCGGCCACACCUGCAGCAGACCGUAGAGACGGUGUGGAGGAGCGAGGACGCCCGGACACAUCCAGCAGCUCGCAUCGCUUCUAUCCGGACCCUGUGGUGUGAGUGAGGAUCAAUGCACGGGAGACAAACAGCGACCGGAGGCUGGGACACUUUAAAUCAUGGGGAUUAACGUAAAAGAGGAGGAAGAGGAGGAAGAGGGGGAAGAGGCGCAGAGACCGACACCGAGGAGCGCGCACAGAUGACUGGCGACUCUCUGCAAAACCAAACUGGAACUUCUCUGGAUGUUUGGACUCUUUGCUCUGGAAGUUGAUGCCGAUAAGAGUUUUUAAUUCACAAAGAGCUGGAGCCUUGAGUUCUGGGACUAUACAAGGAGCAACUCCCCUGAAUCGUCUGGAAUACACUGGUGGUGAAUGAAAUAAGACUUUGUAGAUUAUCACCUGCAUUUCGUGGUGGUGGCUUCCCUAUUCAGCAGGCUGGGAGUGGCUGUACGAUGCCUGAACUGCAUAACUUUCCCCCCCUGAGGGACCCCAGUGGCCCUGAGCUGGGCUUGAAUGGCCCUGCAGACCCAGCUCGAAUUCAGAACAACAUCCUGGAGGAGCAGGUGGAGCUGUGGUGGUUCAGAGAUCCUGGGAAGUCGGUGCUCUGCUACUGCGUGGCCGUGCUCCUGAUCCUGGGAUGUGGGCUGGGAGGCGUCGGCCUUCUCUCCACCACCACCAGCGUCUCCAGCGAAUGGCGGCUGGGCGUGGGCACCGCCCUCUGCCUGCUCGCCCUGGGCGUGCUGCUCAAGCAGCUGCUCAGCUCGGCCGUGCAGGACAUGAACUGCAUCCGCAGCCGCCAGCGCAUCGACAUGCUGAAGAGCGGCGGUUUAUCCGACCUGCUCGUGGUUUCCAUCACGGGGGUGUCACUGUUGAUCUGCGGAGGGGUGCUGCUGCGUCUGGCCCUGGUGAACCACAUGCCGAAGCCGGGCCAGGCCCUGAAUGACAUGUACAUCUCCGGAGUGGUUCUGCUGGCUGGAGGGGGGGCGGCAGUAGCGGGUGUUGGGAUUUAUUUCGUCGUGGUGAUCCUGCUUGAGAGGACGAGGCCCGGACGAAGGCUGCUGGACCGGGUGCUGAAUGUCUUCACUGUCUCUGGACGCAUGGAGCGCCAGGGUCGCAGAGAGACCACCUCCAGUCUGGCGAACCUCAUAUGAGACAGAACCACAAUAAAACCGUGUAAUUUGGCCCCUUGCUUUUAAGAUCCGAACAUUUGCCUCACGUUAGAGGGAAAAUGAUGAAAACACUCUUUACACACUGUCCGUCAGCAGCUGGGUCGCAUGGGACAUGUCUGCUCGGUGAAGAUGUGGUUAACGAGUCCUCAUGUCUUUUUGUUUUGUCUGCAGGUCUCUGACAGACGCAGGCACAAGGAGAAAUGAUGAUUCCAUUAAUAUUUAGAAAGAUUUUUAUUUUCAAUGAAAAGCACAAAUUCUAUCUGGUGAAAUAUCAGUUCCAAAACAGGAGUGUUUUAAUGUUAUUGUUAUCACACAGAAUUUAUAACAAAGGAUCUGUAAUGUGAGCAUCACUACAAUGGUCCCAUUUGAUUAUGCUCUUGUCAAAUAAUUUCCGACAAUGUAACACAACGGUGGCUGAGACGUCUCGCACAAGCGAACUAACAGAAAAGUUAUUGCUUGAAUGAAAAAGCCACAACACAAUUGCUAACUCCACAAGUUAGAUGCAAAAGCCACAACACAACUGUAAAACCCACACAACGGAAACACAACCACAAUGGAAUGGAUGUUGACUAAAAUGAGCAGAGAUACUUACUGCGGUCACUGUCACCUGGAAAAAACCCAGUCAAGCUAAUCGCUGCUUGAAGGUUCAGUGCGUAGAAUUUAGUGACAUCUAGUGGUGAAGUUGCAAUUUGCAGCUGAAUACCCCCCCCCAUCCAAAGGGAGAAAGAGAACUUGUGGUAGCCUUCCGUUGUCAUAAAAACUGAAAAUGGGUCAAAAACCCGGCGGCCCAUGUAGAGAGUUCCCGCUACCGAUGUAAUAUAAAGUAUUUAAAUUCAAAGGGGUCAUUCUACGGUAAAGAAAAAUACAAUUCAUACCAUUUAGAUGAAACACAUUGGUAAAAACAUCAGUAGGAUUAUUUUAUAUUCAAUUUCUGCCAAUAGAUCCUUUCCCGUUUUCGUACAGGUGCAUUCUUUCGGAUUCCUUCCCAAUUCUGUUGAGGUUGUGUUUCUGUUGUGUUGCUUUUGCUUUUGCAGUUGUGUGUUUGCCGUUUAGGCCCUUGUGUGGGUGUCUCGACCUCAGUAACACACAUAUGGAGAAACAGGAAGCUGGUUUGUCGCAGAUGAUAUGAGGUUGUGGUUAAAGGGGCCAGUUACACAUAGGUGUGUGUGUGUGUAGUAUAUCUGCUCUAAACAUGUAUCCUGUCAAAGUGCUCUUGGACCACACGUCUGUCCUCUACCUACACUGAUGAUCCACGAUAGUAAGUUGUCACGGAUCAGAGCACGAGCUGAACGGCUGUAAAUAGAAAUUACAAAAUCCAGUGAUAUAUGGGACGACAUAAACAGGACAAAUAAUCUUAAAAAAAAAAAAAAGUUUUGUCUUUUGUAAUCCAUGCAGCGACCCUCACUCUGUCCAUAUGAUCUCAUGAAGUUCUGUGCAGCUGAUGAAUCUGACUGUGGAUGGCUGAAGAGGCGAGAGAUUCAACGUGGCUCGACUUCUUUGGAUUUAAAUUAAUUCAUCAGUUGAAUAAUAAGUGAUUAUGAUCCAUGCAGCAGGACUUUGGUGUGAUGUUUAUCCGCCUGUAACACGAGAAGACGACAUGAUUGUUUAUCAGAGAAUGACACCGGAGCACUUUACCGACUGUCCCUGGAUCACUUGUGGUUUCAGUAUUUUCUCAGCCGUGACUCCUGCAGCUCCUUGUUUUUACUUUAACCUGCUUCUUCUACAUUUUAGACAUCACACCGAAUCCAUUGAUUGUGUGUAACGCAACAUGUUCACUCACUUUGCAGGAGUCAUGGAGAAUCACCAUCUCCUCCAAUCUGUUGAGUUGUUUUUUAACUUCUUGGCUUCUUUGUUUUUGAUCAUGAUUUUGAAUGUGAAUGUUUUCAUCAAACCAUGUGGGUGAGAGUUAAGCAAUAAAGCUCAGAUGAACCAA